AUGAAUGUAACCAAAUUGCCCGAAGCACAGUCUGGCCUGACUUCAUACCGGAAAGUUUUGCACAAUGGUAAGUAUGCUUUGAGUGAAAGUGUGUGCUUGCUUCCUCACAAAUACACUUUCACACUUCUGUUGGUGGCAGCCAUGGCGGCCUGUGUCCUGGCGGGAGGCUCUGGAGGCGGUUACGGUGGCGGCUACGGAGGAGGCCGUGGAGGCUAUGGCGGAGGCUUUGGUGGGGGCUACGGAGGAGGCUCUGGAGGCGGUUAUGGUGGCGGCUACGGCGGCGGUCGUGGAGGCUAUGGAGGCGGUUAUGGCGGCGGUCGCGGUGGUGGCUACGGAGGCGGUAAUGGAGGCUAUGGAGGCGGUUAUGGUGGGGGCUACGGAGGCGGUCGCGGAGGCGGCCGUGGAGGAGGCUAUGGUGGCGGCUACGGCGGUGGCUACGGAUACGGGAAAUAA